UGAUGGUCAAAAAUAUCAAUCAGAAAUUAAGCUAGGUUCAAAUGAAAGCGAAAGCUGAUUCUUCGAGGUUUUAACUGAUAAGUGUUAAGUAAAUUAUUAUCAUGGAUGAAAAUGAAAGCGAAGACACGAGGGAUCAAAAAACCGAUUCUUCGCAAAUUGUAAAGGGAGAACAAAAAGUAGUGGAACAAUCGACAAUGGUGGCUUCAAGCUCAAACAUAUCAGAGAAUGCGUCCAAUUUAUCUCGAAAUUCCCACUGCGACCGCGUUGAUGAAUUGAGUCGUCAUAAGAUACAGAGGCUGGACUCGGAAGCUCUAAACAGUGAGAGUUCAGCCGAAAAAAGUGUUUCAACAUCUACAGAAUUUCAUUCAGCUACUGAUUCGCAACCAGAACUUAAACCUGAGAUCAAUGCAGAAGUGCUUACAGUUCUAAUACCUGAUUCAGAAAAUAGUUCAGCAGACACUAGUGUGGAACAAAAUCAUACUUCAGUUGAAUUAAAUAUUGAUACGGGUCAAGGUGACGAUGCUGAUGGACGAAGUGAAGAAAAUGGAACCUCUGCUACCAAUGGGGCUGCUGAUAUCGUCAGUGAGAGACCUCGCGAGAGCCCAGAAAGCCCGACUCCGAGUUUUGACGAAAGGUCUGUGACCCCUGGCCCUACGUUGCAGGAAGUGACAGUUUGUACCGAGAGAUGGCACACAACCAUGUGUCGAGCUCCCUCCCCCAGGUACUACACGGGAACAGACGUGGAACCUAAUUUAGUGGAGGAAACUGAGGAGUCCACAGGCGAUGUUGAGUUUAGUGACAAAGUGCCUGACUUGGCCAGGGAUGAAACGGACAGCAUAUGUGUGAUGAGUGACUUUGGGAUAAACGACAGCAGCAGUAGCAGCAGCGAUGGGUCAGACGGGUCGUCAUCCCCCACCUCUAUCUUGACUGGGACUCGGCCUUAUGUGGACAGACUACCUACUGGAUCCCGACGUCUUGGGUAUUGGUCUUCUUCUGAAGAAGGGGAGACUUAUGACGUCAGACAGGCAACUAUUGAUGCUGGAGUGAAUGAGGAAGCUCCCCGCAGGAGCACCACAGAAACUAAUGGGAGACAGGAGUCGACCAGCGAUGCUACUGCUGUCUCGGUUUCUGCGACUGAGGAGACGUUGCCAGCGGAAUCUAGCUAUAACACUGGGACAGUGCCUUUGACAACGAAUGUGCCAAGUAAUACUAUUAAUAGUGCAACAUCUACAGAAGGAAGUGGAAAUGAUGCCGAUGAAACACAAAGCACUCAACCACAAACUACAGAACAAGUGGAUGGAAACCAAGAAUCGGGAGACGAGGAUCUGAGGUUCAUCCGGGGUCGGUUGACGGGACGUCGGAAGCGCAAAAUGUCCACGGUCAAGGAGCCCAACCCGUACAUCACACAGCCCAUUCCGGUCCUAAACUGGCGCUCCUUUAGUCACAUGGAGCGAUUAAGACAUGGUGAAAUGUCGACAGAGAAGUACCAAAGAGAGGUGCAACGUAGCCAGCAUUUCAUUCAGAGAUGGGAUAAAGAGUGCUCGCUGCAUGGUCACAGGGGCUGCGUAAAUGCUUUGAAUUUCAAUGAAUCUGGCACUGUGUUGGUGAGUGCGGGCGAUGACCUCAACGUGAUCUUGUGGGACUGGCUGACAAAAAAGGAGAAGACAAAGUACGAAAGCGGACACCACAGCAACGUCUUCCAGGCGAAGUUUCUACCUCACUGCAAUGACACUAGUGUGGUGUCAUGUGCAAGAGAUGGCCAGAUCAGACACUGCAGUCUAUCAUCCACUGGCACUGCCUACACCACCAAACUAGCACAGCACAAAAUGUCCGCACAUAAGUUGAGUGUAAUGCGUCAGCACCCUUGCCAGCUUCUAACUUGUGGCGAAGACGGCUACGUGUUCAGCCUGGACGUCCGAGUCACCUACUCCAAAAAGCCCCUCCCCGUUCUUACAGUAAAUGACGAAAAAGACAGACCUAUAGAACUGUACGCAAUAGACUGCUGUCCUGCAGACGAAAACAAAUUCCUAGUUUGCGGCCGGAGCCCCAACGUGCUAAUAUACGACAGAAGAAAUCUACAUGGGGGACCCUUGUGCAAAUACAGGCCGAAGCAUAUUUCAGACGACGAUUUCCGAAUGAGCGCGACGUGUGCGGUGUAUAGUAACAGCGGCACAGAAAUUGUAGCCUCGUAUAGCGAUGAGGAUAUUUAUGUGUUUGAUGCUGAUAAACAUCAGAUUGUGUGCUGUGAUGAAAGCUUAGAUGAAUUAACGCCCAGAAGUUCGCAACUGACACAGGAGAAAAGCGAGGAGGGGCAAGGGAAUGAAGAUGGCGACAGGAAAAAAGGCAGAUUGGAAACUACUGUUGACGAACCAAAAAAAUUCUUCGGACAUAGAAAUAGUCAAACAGUGAAGGGCGUGAACUUCUAUGGGCCUGAUAGUGAGUACGUAGUGAGUGGGAGUGACGACGGACACGUUUAUGUAUGGGACAAACACACCACCAACAUUGUACAGUGGAUACAAGCAGACCAAGCUGGCGUGGUGAAUGUGCUUGAGCCUCACCCGACUCUUCCCCUGAUGGCCACUUCAGGACUGGACCACUGUGUGAAAAUAUGGGCACCUAACAGACAUAGACAGCAGUCCAGUCUAGUCGGACUAGCUAGUACGAUGGCACAGAACAAGAAGAUGAGAGAGAGUGACCCAAAUAGGGAGGGAGUGUUCGACGCCAGAAUGCUAAUGCUUCUCAUGCAGUCACUAUCGAGCUCAGAGCGUCGUAGAAUGCGACUAGAUGAUUCAGAGGACGAGGAUGAAGAUGAGGAAGACGAAGAAGAAGAUCAGGGAACCGGCCAACGGGAGGGAUCUGCUGCUGUCGGAUGUCGCACCUCGUGACGCCUUUUCCAAAUUAAAUGAUUUCCGAGCCCAAUUUCCAAUCACAAAAAGAACUAUAUGUUCUGAUGCAAUAUUUUGGCUCAGAUUUCGACCGCACAUAAACUGCUUUCUUGUGGUUCUGAUAGCGAAACCUCUUCUGAAAAAUCAAAUAAGUGAACAUGCUACAUAGUCGUUCCGAUGUUAUUUGGCAACACUGGUGAAACCUUCCGACUUCGAAUGCUCAGAAAAAUGUGAACUGAAUGUGACUCAUUGUUGAAAACUAAUAAAAGGAGAGAAGCUUAAAAGAUUUGUUUUGUUAUAUAGAAGCCUAUUAUUGGUAUUAGAUUACUGAAAACAAUUACGUAACUAUGAGAUUAGAAAUGUUCCAGUCUAAUUUUCAAUAUAUCAUUAAAAUUUGCAGACAAAUUCUUUUCCUUUAUCAAUUCCGCGGAUAGAUUUAAGCGUGGGACUGUUCAGCAUGUGCAUGGUUAAUUAGUGAUGGUUGUAAAUUUUGAAGGCGGAAAACAAACCUCCAAACUUGUGUUUUCGAUGUUUUGAAUAUUUAAUCAAACAGCUGUUAAAGACAAAAAGCGACAAGAGGCCGGAACUAGUGAAACUACAUGGUAUAAAUGGCCUUAGAAGAAGAUGAAGAAACAGGUCUUCCAAUAGUUGCAGAAAGGUGUGUGAAGAAAGAAGUGAAAUUCGAGGACCCCGUGAGAGUUUUUGUC